AUGGCGAGGGCGCGCGGGGCGAAAACACGCUCAUCAGCGGGGUAUGGGGCAAAACGUCGGGAUCUAAUUUGCGGUGUUACAAGGCCUCACACUCCCAUUCCGGGUAAAAUACCACAACACAUUCAUCAAAUCUUUUUCUAUGAAACAAGCAGUCAUCUACCAGAUAAACUUGUAAAAGCUAAAAAUAGUUGGAUACAGUACCAUCCGAACUACACGUACACUUUAUGGAACAAAACUUCUAUAAAAAGUCUUUUAGAAAGAGAGUAUCCGUUCCUAAGGAAACUUUACGACAGUUAUGGGAACUGGGUCAGACGAGCUGACGUUGCACGUUAUCUCGUGCUUUAUCAUUAUGGAGGCUGGUAUGUGGACAUGGACGUUGCUUGCCGUCGAAGUGUGAGAACUUUAGAACAAGAGGCACAGGAACUCAAUAAAACUGCAAUUCUCCGGUUAACCGAGCCAGUUGGAUUUUCUAACGAUUUUAUUGGGAUUUCUGAACGUCAUCCAUUUUUAUUUUCCGUCCUGACGUCACUCCACAUGUCCAAUAGAUGGUUUAUUUUUCCAUACGCCAAUACCAUGUUUUCUACAGGACCAACGUUCCUAUGGGGACGUGUGAGAACUUUAGAACAAGAGGCACAGGAACUCAAUAAAACUGCAAUUCUCAGGGAGCUUUUCAUCGUGGCAGGAAACAGAAUUCUUGUCUUUGAAGAGGUUAAAACUAAUAAAGACAUUGUUGAGCAUCAGCUUCCGUUAACGGCGCAGACGUUGAUAUGA